AUAAUUCAAUCAUUGUAGUUCAAAAAGUCAUAACAAGGAGGAGCAAUCACUGUAGUUUCUUAACCAGUUUGUUCUGACAGUUGGCUAGGCCUCAAGUCAUUUAAGAAGAAGAAAAAGAAGAGUUUCUUGAAGAAGUCUUUGGAUGUCUUCAAAUUCUAUGAUAAGGUAUUAAACUGUUGAUCAAAAUUUUGCAUAAACUUGACGUUUGCAAAAAUGGAUUUUCUCUGGCAAUUAUUUGGAUUGAUGAUUAUUACCUUAUGCUUUGAUUUUGGAGGAACUUUUCAAAAGGAUCCACUGGGAAGUAAUCAACAAUUAACAGAGGAACUACGUUCAUUGGUUGGUGAAGCGGAAUUUGGUUAUGAUAAUUUAUUACUGUCAACUUGUCAAAAGCAACAUCCGGAUAAUGUUGCUUUGGAUCUAUCAUUUUCGAAUAUAAAGGAACUGCCAAAGAGUUUUGUUUCAAAUCAACAUGUUCAAACAACAUGUUUGGACCUGCAAAAUAACGAUUUUUCAAAUAAUGUAGAUUUUAACGACUUUCAGAUGCAACCAAAUCUCGAGUAUUUAAAUCUGGCCCAAAACGAUAUAAAUCUACCAGAUUUACUUAAUAAUACUUCACAUUCGAAAAUUAAAACUUUAAUUUUAGACAAGAUUAAUAAUCAUAUAUUAAAAAAUGGCUACUAUUCUCGAAACUAUAAAGAUUUCAGUACGUUGCAUCUUCGUUUACCAAAUUUAGAAACACUUUCUUUAAGAAAUAUUGCUUCUGAUAGAAUCGCUCAUUAUCAAGAUGACUUUUCAUAUUUAGAUUUAACUUCGACUAAUUUAACACAUUUAUUCUUGUCCAACAAUACAAUAAGCGAAAUAAUUGAGAGAUUUUUCCAAAAAUUUCCAUCAACAUUGACUCAUUUGUUUCUGGAAAAAUGUUUACUUACUUCAUAUUCAGCACCAAUGAAUCAAACAGCAUCAUUAACUUUAUUAUCAAUUGAUGGUAAUUCAUUUUCAUGUUCAAAUAGUAAUUGCUUGGAUUUCGAAGGUCAUCCGGAUUUGAAAUAUUUAUCUUUGGCUAAUUGUAGAAUAAACGUUAUUUCACACAACACAUUUUUCUUUAAUUCAAAACUUACUUAUUUGGACGUGUCAGAAAAUAAAAUUCAACAACUUUCUGAUCGAGUAUUUCGAAAAACACCAGCUCUGGAAUCAUUGAAUCUAAACAAUAAUCAACUUUCGGAAAUACCAAAUCUCUAUACUUUGUCGAACUUGAAAAAAUUAUAUGUGAACAAUAAUCAAAUAACAAAUGUGAAUAAGAAAUCUUUUACUAAUUUAGGAAAUCUGGAAAUCUUGUCCUUGAGUAGUAAUAAUAUUAAGACGAUUGAUGCGAUUGAUACUUUUGACAAUCUUUCGAGUUUGAUUGUACUCAAUCUUUCUGGUAACAAAUUAAGGUAUUUAGAUUAUAAGUCACCGCUUAAUCUCGAUUACUUGAUUUUAUCAAAGAAUUCAAUUUCUUCAAUUAAUGAUAUUGAUUUAGGCAAUUCAACAUUGAAAUAUUUAAUACUUGGCGGCAAUCCUAUAAUAAGUCUAACGCCAAAGUCUCUUAAAUUUCUAUCAGAAGAUACGACGAUUGUUUUGCAGUGCACUGAAACCUCCGAACUUUAGACUGCUCGGUACUGGUGUCUAAAGUUCGGGGUGGACACCUUGACGCCAAAAAGUAUAAACACUCAGAGCCGUACGGUGCAUGAAUGCAAAAUUGUGUUCGAUAUAAAUUUUAUUUUUCUUUAAAAUGUUUUCUUUAUUAACUCUCUCGUCUAUUCUCUUUAAUAUUUCACUUUUCUUUUUAACAUCGAAUGCAACUUAUUUUUAUUUUCGAUUAAUUUUUAAAUUUUUACACGCAAAAAAUAAAGCCACAAAAAAGGAACCUCACAAUGUCUAUAUAGUUCUCUAAUUUUGACUUAUUUGUAUUUUUAAAUUGUCUAACUUCAAGUAUUCGGAGGAAAUGAUUCUAAACAGACUUAAACUCAUAUUUGCAAUAGUAUAAAUAUUUAAUUCAUAUCUUUACCUCCCAACACGUGUUCAUCAACCGCCAUAGAUUUAUAUAGUUUACCGAAUCGCGUUUGACGCCAUUUUUUUUUGUUCACAUUAACCAAUUUCAUGGACACUUUUAAUUCUUAAUUCUUAUUCCUCUAAGUGUUUGUUCUGACAGUUGGCAAAGCCUAAAGUCAUUUAAGAAGAAGAAGAAGUAAAUUUUUUUAACAAAAAAAUAGUCUCUGUAAGUUACAGUUAGUUUAUAACAAACUUGACAAAUGCGUCAAAAUUUUUCGCACAAUUGUUUAUAGAAUACGAAUAUUAGUAGAAUAUUGUAACAUUUAUUCGAUUAAUAAACUUUUAUCAUCAAUUUCUUAUAUUUAUA